AUGCCUGUAGGUGUUCGAGUUAAGAACGACCGUUAUGACAUCCGUGGUUGUUUGUCUGAUUGUCAGGUCUGGGUGAUCAGUCUGAUUGGAGACUUGAAAGGCCUUUUCAAGAGAGGAGUUCAUGACAACAAGUUCACCAAACCACUUCCCGGCCAGCCAUCGGUGCUACAUAGCCUGCUAGAGAAUCCAACUGAUUUGCAAGCCCAAGGCCACUGCGUAGCGGGAGUCGUUCGUCAAGCUGUGGGCACCGGAACAACAUUGAGCUGGACAGAAUAUUUGGCAUACAAUUUACAUUGGGUGAAGGAGUCAGCCAAAGUUAGAUAUACACAGUGGCAGAACUAA